AUGUCUAUCGAGAUCAGGGACCUUGAGUCCGGCAAAGUAUUGAAGUCCGGAUCUCUCGAUAAUGUUGUUGUAUCUGGGCAAACAAUCACUGGUAACACAAUCGUUGAUGCAAAUGCACCUAGCCUCUGGUGGCCCGCCGGCAUGGGCAAGCAAAGCAUGUACAACGUCACAGUCACAAUCCAGAACGAAGGCCAGAACCUCGUCAGCGUAACCAAACGCACUGGCUUCCGUACCAUUUUCCUGAACCGAUCCAAUAUCACCGACGAGCAGUUAGCCCAGGGCGUCGCACCCGGCGCGAAUUGGCAUUUCGAAGUGAAUGGCCAUGAAUUCUACGCUAAGGGCUCGAAUCUCAUUCCACCAGAUGCGUUCUGGCCGCGAGUCACAGAAGCCAAGAUGCAGCGACUCUUUGAUGCAGUCGUGGCUGGAAACCAGAAUAUGCUCCGAGUCUGGGCUUCGGGCGCUUACCUUCCCGACUUCAUCGAUGCCCUGUAUCCGACCGACCAACCGUUCCUUGACAACGUUGCUGCUGAGGUUGUCUACAAUGUGAGACGGGUCAAUCAUCAUCCAUCCUUGGCUUUGUGGGCCGGUGGAAAUGAGAUUGAAAGCUUGGAGCUACCAAUCGCUAAGCAACAUGAUCCUGCAUCAUACGCCCGCUUGGUUGGCGAUUAUGAACAUCUGUUUAUAUCUCUGAUACUUCCGUUGGUCUACGAGAACUCGCGGUCGAUUUCAUACAUGCCCAGUAGCACCAACAACGGCUUCCUGAAAGUCGAUCUGUCUGCUCCAGUUCCGAUGGUAGAGCGGUACGAUAAUGGUACAGAGAAAAAAGGACAUUACUAUGGUGAUACCGACUACUAUAACUAUGACAGCAGUGUGGCGUUCGACUUCACCGGCUACCCGGUAGGUCGCUUCGCCAACGAAUUUGGCUACCACAGCAUGCCGAGCCUACAAACGUGGCAGCAAGCCGUGGACGAUGAAGACCUCCACUUCAACAGCAGCACCAUCAUGCUCCGAAACCACCACUACCCAUCAAACAGCCCAGACACCCACAACUACAAGAACUCAUCUAUGGGCAUGGCCGAAAUGACCUUGGCAGUGGAGAGAUACUACCCGAUCCCUAAUAAGCAAGACUCCGUCGCCAACUUCAGCGCCUGGUGCCACGCCACCCAGCUUUUCCAAGCAGACAUGUACAAGUCCGAAAUUCAGUUCUAUCGCCGCGGAAGCGGAAUGCCAGAGCGCCAGCUCGGAGCCCUAUAUUGGCAACUCGAGGAUAUCUGGCAGGCGCCGACAUGGGCUGGAAUCGAAUAUGACGGCCGCUGGAAAGUCCUUCACUACGUCGCCCGCGACGUCUUCCAACCCGUCAUCGUCUCGCCGUUCUGGAACUCUUCAACUGGCCAUCUGUCUAUCUACGUGACAUCGGAUCUUUGGGAGACUGCACAUGGAACUGUGAAUCUUACCUGGACAGAUUUAUCCGGCAAGCCAAUCAAAGAGAACGCGGGUACUCCCUUGACCAAACAGUUCUCCGUUGGAGCACUCAAUACUACCAGUAUCUACGAAACCAACGUGGCAGAGCUCUCUCUGCCGAAUACGAAGGAUGCCAUCCUGAUCAUCGACCUCACUGCUCAGGGCCGUCUCCCAAAUGCCGAAAGCAAGACCCUGACUACGUUCACACAGCGGAAUAGGUUCACCCCCGUCUUCCCUAAAGAUCUUGCACUCAAAGACCCCGAACUCAAGCUGUCUCAUGAUGCACAGGCUGGCACGUUUACCGUCGAAGCGCAGAGUGCUGUCUCGCUGUAUACAUGGCUUGACUAUCCCGCUGGUGUGGUGGGAUACUUCGAGGAUAACUCUUUUUCUUUGCUUCCUGGCGAGCAGCGGACUCUUCGGUUCGUUGUGCAGAAAGAUGAGACUGGAGGGAAGUGGGUGGAUGGUGUUACUCAACCUUGGAAACUUUCGAGCUAG